CUUCUUUCCAGCACUAUCACUAUCGAAGUGAAUCCCCUCCUAUCGGAAAAAUAGGCCGGCAGUGGACCCGCAUGCUGGCUUUAAUCUAUGUGUAGCAGAGCUAUCGACCAUGAACCUUUGUUAAUUUCGAAGCAGUUGGGCCUGAGCGGUAGCCCAUAGUCCCGCCAUCAUGAAGACAAGGAUGGAUAGCAUUAUAAAAAGCAGACAUCUCGCGAUCAUGGGCAGAGUAUCCUUUUCCUCUUCAGCUUUACAUUCACUCCUUUCUUCAGGGUGCCGAACCUGCCUUUCUCUUGUUUCUCUUAUACUGUCUUCAUUGAUUGAAGAUCAUUCUUUUCACUCUUUCCCACUUCGGUCCUUUCAAACCACGAGAAACGCUGUGCGUUGAUCAGUUCAAGAAUUUCACAUAUCAAAAUGUCUAUCGCUAAGAUUGCUGGUGUUGUCCUCGGCUCGGCCGCCCUGGUCGCCGCUCACGGUCACGUCUCUGGUGCCGUCGUUGAUGGACAGUACUACGGUGGAUAUGACAUUUCUUAUCACUACCAACCCAACCCCCCUAAGGUCAUCGGAUGGUCCACCGAGGCCCUCGACAACGGAUUCGUCGACGGUAGCGGGUAUGCCGACGCCGACAUUAUCUGCCACAAGAACGCCAAGAACGCGGCUCUCUCUGCUGAGAUCGCUGCUGGCAAGCAGGUCGAGAUCCAGUGGACAGCCUGGCCCGAGAGCCACAAGGGUCCUGUCAUCACCUACCUCGCCAACUGCAAUGGUGACUGCUCUACCGUUGACAAGACCUCUCUUGAGUUCUUCAAGAUUGACGAGAAGGGCCUCAUCAGCGGCAGUGACAACAAAUGGGCCUCUGAUGACCUGAUCUCCGGCAACAACAGCUGGACCGUGACCAUCCCCAGCAGCAUUGCUGCCGGCAACUAUGUCCUGCGUCACGAAAUCAUUGCCCUUCACUCCGCUGGCAACAAGGAUGGUGCCCAGAACUACCCCCAGUGUCUCAACCUCAAGGUCACCGGCGGUGGCAGCGAUAAGCCUGAGGGUACCCUCGGUACUGCUCUCUACAAGGACACCGACCCUGGCAUCGAGAUCAACAUCUACCAGACUCUGUCCGACUACACCAUCCCCGGCCCUGCCCUCUAUUCCGGCAGCUCUUCUAGCGGCUCCUCCGGCAGCUCCAAAGCUGCUCCUUCCGCCACGGCUGCUCCUCUCCAGACUAGCACUGCCACUGCUUACCAGACUUCCACUGCUGUUGCCAGUGUCACUGUCACUGGCUCGGCUCCCGCUCAGACCCACGUCCAGGCCACCACUUCGGCCGCUGCUUCCACUCCCACUGCCAGCUCCGGUUCUAGCUCCGGCUCUGGCCCUAGCGCUAGCGGCGACCUGACCUCUUACUUCAGCUCCCUUAGCGCUGAAGAGCUCCUGAACGUUGUCAAGCAGACCCUCUCUUGGCUGGUCACCGAAAAGGUUCACGCCCGUGACAUCUCUGCUUAGAUCUACCCACGGGACGUGGUUUGAGACCGAAUAGACAUUCUUUUAGACUUAUAUUCGUUCAUUCCACCCAGGAAUUACACUUUUGCCUUGAUGAGGAUCCGGCAUCCAGCUUUGUG